AUGGCAGUUUUCAACCUCACACCUUCUGAUCCUUCAUCAUUUAUCCUAAUGGGCAUCCCUGGCCUGGAAGCUGCCCACAUCUGGAUUUCAAUCCCUUUCUCUACGUCCUACAUUAUCAGCCUGUUGGGAAAUUUCACGGUUCUGUUUGUUGUGGGCAAAGAGCAGACCCUGCACAAGCCGAUGUAUCUGCUGCUCUGCAUGCUGGCGCUCACAGACAUCAGCACGUCAACCUCAGUUGUGCUGAAGGCACUGUGUAUAUUUUGGUUCAAUCUGGAAAUUAUUACUUUGGGUGGAUGUCUCACCCAGAUGUUCUUCUUUCAUGCGGGUACUGUGAUGCACUCAGCCAUCCUCGUCACAAUGGCCUUUGAUCGCUAUGUUGCCAUAUGUAACCCUCUGAGAUAUGCCACCAUCCUCACCAAUGCACGAAUAGCUAAGCUAGGGCUAGUGGGUUUGAUAAGAGCUGUUCUCUUAGCUCUGCCCCUGCCCCUGCUUCUGAGUAGGCAUCCAUUCUGUGCCAACCGCAUUAUCCCCCACACGUACUGCGACCACAUGGCUGUGGCAAAGAUGUCAUAUGGGGACAUCACAGUCAACAGGAUGUAUGGCUUGGUGAUACCAUUUGUAGUCAAUGGGUCAGACCUGACACUCAUUGCCCUGUCCUAUGGCCUGAUCAUCAGGGCUGUUCUCAGAAUCUCCUCCAAGAAAGCACAUCAGAAAGCCCUCCACACCUGCACAGCCCACAUCUGUGUGAUGCUGAUUUCUUAUCCUCCCUUCUUCUUCUCCACUCUGACAUACCGGUUCGGUCAGGGCAUCGCUCCCCACAUUCACAUCAUUUUGGCUAACCUCUAUUUCCUCCUCCCCACCAUGCUCAACCCUAUUAUUUAUGGGGCCAAAACCAAAGAGCUUCGUGAGAAAAUGGGCAAAUACACCUGCAGAAUGUGUUCGCUCGGGGGCCACUGA